GCCGCAGCCAAUCGCGCGCGGGGAGGUGGUGGGGCCGAGCAAGAUGGAGGAGUACGCUCGCGAGCCCUGUCCCUGGAGGAUAGUGGAUGACUGUGGAGGGGCCUUCACCAUGGGGGCCAUAGGAGGGGGCAUUUUCCAGGCUAUCAAAGGCUUCCGAAAUUCCCCAGUGGGUGUAAACCACCGUCUGCGGGGCAGUUUGACAGCCAUUAAAACCAGAGCUCCACAACUGGGAGGGAGCUUUGCUGUCUGGGGUGGUCUCUUCUCCAUGAUUGACUGCAGUAUGGUCAGAAUGAGAGGGAAGGAAGAUCCCUGGAAUUCCAUCACGAGUGGAGCCCUGACUGGAGCCAUUUUAGCUGCAAGAAACGGCCCUGUUGCUAUGGUCGGAUCUGCUGCCAUGGGGGGAAUUCUCCUGGCCCUGAUUGAAGGAGCUGGAAUUCUGCUGACGAGAUUUGCCUCCACACAGUUCCCAAACGGCCCACAGUUGUCAGAGGAUCCAUCCCAGCUCCAGCCACCCCCAUUCAGUGACUACCGACAGUACCAAUGAUGGUCCCCUGCCGCCUCCUCCUUCUCCUCCUCCUUCUCCUCCUCCUUCUCCUUCUCCUUCUCCUUCUCCUUCUCCUUCUCCUUCUCCUUC